UGACCUGGUUUGUAAUGGAUGUACCCAGCUUUUGCAUCCAAUUUGACCCUGACUGAGGUGUGAGUAUUCGGAUCCUAACUCGAUCUGGUUUUCUUUCUUGGUGUGAUGGCUGCGCACCUCAGCGAGUACACUUACGAAAAUCUUCUGCAUAUCACGGCUAAAUAUAACCGGCGCAUACAAGCGGAUAAAAUGUCUAGACUACCGUUUUUAGACAACGCUACUGGUAUCGCCCAACGACCGUGCUUUCUUUAUCGUAAGAGCGAAGAACGUAUUGCUGGGUUUCUAUCAAAGGUUUAUCAGUAUCCAUCUUUAAAAUGGAAAAAGUGUCUACCUCGUAGUCACCAAAUUCUUGUGAGUGUAGAUGACGCUUCCAAUGUUCCCAAGAACUUGACAGCCUAUGUUUCGGAUGCCAACUCAAAGGGCUUUACAGAUGAUAGUCAUAUUACUUGGGUCGCAGGACCGGAGUGCGAUAUUGAGUCCGAUAGCAGCGAAGCGAUUGACGACAUUCGCGGUGCUCGACGCAGAAGAAAGAAAAACAAACUCUCAAGAAUCAGUCGCUUUGUCACCGGCAUCACUGGUACGAGCCGCCGUCGAGUCAGCCAUCACAGUUAUGGAGCUUAUGAUGAAGAUUUCAUUGAUCGACCUGUUGCGAUGCCCACAUAUCCUUGUACUAUAUGCGGCGUCCACUACCGAUCCAAAGCUGGGCUGACGUAUCAUCUAAGUUCUCAACACCUCCAUAUGAAUCGGGCUGGCAAUGCUCGUGUUUCCACUCCUACUGACUCUCUGUCAACAACUAACGGUCCCGUUACUCCUCGAUCGAAUGGAUUACUUAGCGUUCGAGUAACUUCUAAUGGCGGCCUCCUGGUACCAGAAUCCUCGGGUCCUUCGUCCGAAAUUCCCUCUGUUUAUACUUGUAAAAAUAUUACGUCAGCAUCCUGUUCUCAAGACCCGACUCCCAACGGUGGAAGUGCAGUUCUUGAGCCCCCUUCACUUCUGUCCACUGAUGCCGAUUCAAAACACACAUGCGACUUUUGUCUGGGUGAUACUCGAUUAAAUAAGAAGACCGGCACUCCUGAGAGUAUGCUACAGUGCUCUGAUUGUGGCCGUUUUGCGCAUUUCACCUGCCUGCAGUUCACUCGAAAUAUGGUCGUUUCUGUCCGCACUUACAAGUGGCAGUGUAUUGAAUGUAAAACCUGUUGGCUUUGUGGAACUUCCGAAAACGAUGAGCAAAUGUUAUUCUGCGAUGAUUGCGAUCGUGGCUACCAUUUGUACUGUCUCACUCCGCCCUUGACUGAACCACCAGAAGGUAGUUGGAGUUGCAAGCUCUGCGUUGAACACUUCAAACACCUUGCCGCCGCGUACCAGAAACCGGAGAAAGAAUGUGAGGUUCCCAUUGCCUACAAUUCCGUGGGCUCAGGCGUCUGUGUGCUUGACCCACAGAGGAGACCUUUCGACGCAUGCACUGCAUCCACAGUCGCAUCUUUGACUUACAACAGUCUAAGCGCUAAGCGUCACACAAGCUCCGCUUAAGCAUUCUAUGCGGCGAACUAACUGUGUUUUAUGUGCAUGUUUCUUACACGUGUCCAGUGUGCCACACUCAUCAUACCUUACCGUAAGUGAGAUUGGAUCGCUCUUUAUUUGCGCACGACUGUAGUUGGCACAAGGACCAUGCAACUUCUUGCUUCUUACUUCGUUUUUACGCCUUACACAGUCGUCUCAGGCUCGCGUUUCAUCACGCUGGAUAUUAAGAUGUUUCUGUUAUGUUCUUUUCGCAUUUUUAUAAACUAUUUUUUCUAACUAUUACAAAUAGAUGAAUUGUGUGUACCACAUACCUUCGGUAUGUGGCGUACACAAUUAUUUUUAACGACUGCAGAUAUUUUUUCAAUUCAGACCUGCGCAUGAUGCUUUUUUCUCUCCGCAACGAUCAGCUCGUUCGUAAAGGCAUCAUGAUUCUCGUCGUUUACCAUUUUGAAUUUAUGUAUGAGUCCGUUGUUCUGUGCGCUUUACAUUCGCAUUUUUCUAUCUGAGCACGCUCUUAUUUUCAAGAUUUUCUCCCCUCAAAGCAAAGGGAUUUGUGUGCCAAAUUUUUGCAUUAAUUUUAUACUUCUAGUCGUUGAUUACAUUGCGUCCGACUUUGGUUUACUGUCACUACCGUUUCUGUUAUCAAUACCAACGUCUUGAAUCUUCUGAUGGAAUGGGCAUUUCCCUGUCUCAAUCUAGCGGAUUCAAAGAUAUGUGCCCCUUUCUUGUUCAUUGGUGUUAAGGUUACCUAGAACAUCACAGUCAUGCAUUACACAGACGAAUUAUGAUAAUGAAUCGUCGCGGUAUUUCUC